AUGGCGCUCCAUCGCUUGAGGAAGCUUGAAGCUCGGAUGGCGAAAGAUGCCAAUUACGCCGAUAGCUACAAACGUGAAAUUCAAAAAUAUGUCGAUAAGGGCUACGCUAGGCUACUGAAUCCAGAUGAAGUUUUACUAACUACUCCUACGACCUGGUACCUACCACAUUUUGGGGUUGUCAACCCCCACAAACCAGGUAGACUACGUGUUGUGUUUGACGCCGCCGCUGCCACGUCGAAUGUAUCGCUCAACUCAGCCUUACUCAAGGGCCCGGAGCAUGCACAAUCCUUGCUUACAAUAAUUUUCAAAUUUCGCCAAGGGGUUAUAGCCGUCGCUGCAGAUGUGCAAGAGAUGUUUUCCCAGGUAGCCAUCAAACCUGACGACCAGAAUUCGCAACGGUUCUUAUGGCGCGAUGGGGAUCCCUCGAAGACGAUCCGGACCUACGUUAUGUCCUCGCUGAUUUUUGGUGCCAUAUGCUCACCGUGCUGCGCAGAGUAUAUAAAAAAUAUUAAUGCCUUGAAAUUUGAAUCCAACAUGCCAGGUGGAUCGUCAGCUGUCAUUAACAAUAUGUAUGUUGAUGACUUAGUUAUCAGUUUUGCAAGUGCGCAAGAAGCCGAAGAAGUCGCGAAGGAAGCAGUUGCUAUAAACUCUGCUGCAGGGUUUAAGGUAAGGAAAUUUGUGUCAAACGACAAAGGUCUUCAAGCCGAACUGAAUGGCGAGAACAAUUUCGCAGAUAGUGUUGUAGACAUGGAGCGAAAGUCUAUUGUCGACAAGGUGUUGGGUAUGUACUGGAAUACCCUCACUGACUGCUUCGAGUUCCACACAAGGUUUCACAAGAUCGCACGUGAUGUUCUUGAUUGCACAAGGCCGCCAACAAAACGCGAACUCUUAGGGAUCGUGAUGGCUAUAUACGAUCCAUUCGGAUUUUUAGCUAAUGUCACAGUAUGUAUGAAGAUUCUGCUGCAGUCUUUGUGGAAACGUCAAGUCGAUUGGGAUGAAGCAAUCCCGAACCAACUCGUUGUGCAGUGGACGUCAUGGUGGACAAGUUUUCAAAAGGUAAAUAAACUUUCCAUCCCAAGAUGCCAUUCUACAAUGCUGCCAGUAGCAGACGAGGUGCAGUUACAUGUGUUCGUGGAUGCCAGUUCUAGUGCAUAUGCAGCCGUCGCAUAUCUGCGCAUAUGCAAAGGGGAAGACGUUGAUAUCGCAUUUGUCGCCGCUAAAUCGCGUUGUGCUCCUCUUAAGGGCAUGACAAUUCCCCGCUUGGAACUGCAAGCCGCAGUUCUUGGUAGCCGUCUUCAGAAGUCAGUUGUGGAAUACCACGACUUCAAUAUACAUCGCAUCGUAUUGUGGAGUGACUCAAAGACAGUAUUGCUCUGGAUCCGCUCGACGACUAGAGAAUACAAACAAUUCGUCGCUGGUAGAAUCGCCGAAAUCAUUCCUAGCACAAACCCAUUACAGUGGAGAUGGUUGCCCUCGUCGUUGAAUGUUGCCGACGAUGCCACACGAGGUCAGCCCAUGACAGAAUCCGAUGCACGAAACCGCUGGUUCAAGGGGCCUACCUUUCUGCAACUCCCAGAAUCCGAGUGGCCAAAAGAAGUUACGCCACUUACGUCAACAGAAUGUGCUGCCGAGGAGAAGAAAAUCUUGCUUCUCACCUCAACAACAGAUGAGGUAACGAGCUGGGUGUUACGAUUCAACUUUAACGCAAGAAACCGUAGUCGCCGUUCAGGAGAGCUAAAAGCAUUUGAGAUCACUGACUCAGAAGUCUUCGUAUGUCGCCGCGUUCAGGAAGAGGUCUUUCCUAACGAAUUAGAAGAGUUGCUCUCCAAGCAAAAAGUGUCGAAGUCGAGCCCGUUAUACCAACUUACGCCAUUUUUAGACAUCGAUGGUUUGAUUAAAGUGAAUGGCCGCAUCGAUGCAGCAUAUUGCCUCCCUCUAUCGGCACGUCGUCCAAUCAUAAUGCCUCUACGCCACCACGUAACCAGUCUCUUAGUUUCAUAUUGGCACAAAAAGCUUCACCAUCAGAAUGAUUGUCUCACAAUAAAUCAAAUUCGUCAAAAGUUCUGGGUACCACACAUCCGAGCAGUGCUUACGUCAGUAAAAAAGCGUUGUUCCGUAUGUAUCAUCAACACAGCCAAGCCAAGUGCGCCGAUGAUGGGUCAAUUGCCUGUCGAUCGCCUCACGCCUUACGUUCGUCCAUUCAGCUACACAGGAGUCGAUUACUGCGGUCCAUUUUUCGUCACUAUUGGUCGUCGUAGAGAGAAACGCUGGGUUGCGUUAUUCUCGUGUUUAACCGUCAGAGUCAUACACCUGGAGGUAGCUGAGGAUUUAUCGACCGAUGCGUUCAUAAUCUGCAUCAGAAACUUCAUCAACCGUCGUGGCACACCCGUACGAAUGCGAAGCGAUAACGGAACUAAUUUCGUUGGCGCCCAAAAACUAUUACGCGUCGAAGAGAGACUAUUUGACUUUAACCGUAUUGAACAAGAUUGCGCCGAACGCG